AUGGACUGGGUACAAGAGCACUGCGAUCGGUUGAGAUCAAAGUUGCAGGGUGUAGUCGACAGCGGUGCUUCCUCUGGCGCGGGCGAGCUGGGACUGCGGGUGCCUUGGAGCUGGACUUGCAGGACACUCAUCGAGACCGUGAGAAGGUACCCUUCAGGCCUAACUGAGGCCGUUAUCUUGGCGGAACUUGAGCUGCUGUGCGAAGGCGGAGGGACGUUCGAGGCGCCUUCGUGCCCGGAAAGCUUCAGGCCUAUCUCGAUGCGCAGUACGCCCCGCUGUCCGACGUCAUCCAGGCGUGCGUCGUUCGCCACUCUGACCAACUGGUGCCGAUUGCUGACGGGGGCCGCGGCUGCCGUGACCGGGGGCGGCGGCCGUGCCGGUGGCGGGGAAGGAGGGCGGAGAUCCCCGAAUGGCGGCGGGCCCUCGACUCUUCUGCUGACCGAGUACCUCGCCUUCGUGCUUGACCACAGGAGGUCGGACGACCUCAGGCUCGCGCAGGGCAUGUUCGGUGGGCUACGUGUGAAGGACACCUUCGAAGAGAAGUCCAACUAUGAGGAAUUCUUCGUGGUGUGCAAGGGCGACGGCCUUGGGGUGUACUGGCCGUGGCUUGUGCGGGAACAGCAGCCGCGGAGCAGCGGGGGCGACCAAGGCUCAGCGGCGGCGCCGGGAGGGCUGUCUUCUCAGCAGCAACUUGUUUCUUCCCAGCUCCCGUUGCCUAGCGAUUCCUUCGGGUGGCACUUCGAGUACGGCUCGGCGACGGCUCUCUUCGUGCUGCCGCGGGAGAGCCGAGCCCAGCUGUUUUCAGCCGCCAACAACGACAGCAACGGCGACGGAUUUUCGACGGGCGGUCCCGGCGUAGAAUCCAGGUCUUCUGGCGGCGGUGGUGGUGGUAGUGGCAACAGCGGUGGCGGCGUUGUUGUUUCGCGGAAGGCAACCUCCCGGGGCGCCGGGGUGGAUGGGAGGGGGAGGGGGGGCACCGUGGGCGCGGCGCACGAGAUGCCCGCCGAUGAAAACGGCGUGCGAGACCUGUUGCAGUUUCCGCGGCGACUGUUCGUGACGGACCUGGCGCCAAACAUGUCCAACGCGUCGAUCUACGGCCAGGUCGUUUCCGUGGCCUCCGUUCCGGGGUCCUCUCUGCCUGCGAUCCUGCCCCCUUCUCGUGGCAUGUCGUCGUCGUCAUCGUCCCUAUCGCAGCUGCCAUUGAAGCCCGUGAUGCUCAUGCAGCAGCAGCAGCAGCAGCAGGAGGAGGAGGAGGCUGGCAUGGGCUUGGUGGCGGCGCGGGGGGCAGCUGCUGCUGCUGCUGCGAACGUCGUUGAGCUCUUGAUAAGGGACGACAGGGGCACGGCGCGCGUGCUGUGCUGCGGACGCAAGGCUGCUGCCGACGCACUUCGAUGUCGGCCUGGCCAGUACGUUCUCGUGUGCGGACUCCGCACCUUCGCAGCGGCCUUCCCGCCUUUGGAUGACUCCGAACAAGGACCGGACGGCCAUGUGGUCGUGCUCUGUGGAGAAGCGGAGGAGAUGUCCCGCGAAGAUGCGGCUGCAACAACGGACGCAGAAGGGAGAGCAGCGGCCGGGGCGCGGUCGGGGGGAGCGGGAGGGGGGGGAGAUAGUGUCAGCGGGGUGCUGAACACGUCCAGUCUAGAGGGAUUUCUCCACUGUCCUUUCUUGUCGCGGCAUUCGUUCUUGCACGACAGACGGCGAACGCCUGGACCGCGUGCUUCGUUGGCCUGCAAGGCGGCGGUGACGUGGGCGCGAUGGACGUUUGACGGAGACGGUCUGUGGGCUGUCCAUCGACGGUGCGGCGCGCGCCUCCCGUGUCACUUCAGCGCCCUCGGCGCAAGCGCGGACCCGGCGAGGCGGAUAUCAAGGAAACGGCCGAGGGAUAUGCGCGAGCCGGGAUGUGUGAGGAGCGGGCGGACGGGAGCACAGCAGGGCGUGUCCGUGAUAUGUCCGCUUUGUCAGAGUUCCGUUAGGGUUGCAUGCGCGGACGAAGCGGAGCUGGGAUACGCCCCGCUUCUCCUCGCCCUCGACGAUGGUACCAGGUGCCUCGUGGCGGAGUGCCGGAGCGCCGUCGUUACCGCCGCCUUCGGAGGCAUGAACGCCCACGAUUUCCUGCAGAUGGGCGAGGCCGAGCGAAAAGCGACGGUCGAUUCGCUGGUGGGCCGCGAGAUUCGUUGCGUCGUGGGCGGCGACGGCGCGGCGAGCGAAGUUGGCGGUAACGGCAGCGCUUGCUUCAACGGGGGCGGGGGCGAGGGCGACUGGAAUGGUGCAGGGCGGGUGGGGCUUCGCGUGGAGCGUAUCGCCAGCGUGAACCCGGCGGCUGAUCUGGCGUACUUGGUGGCUGCCAUGGAUGGGUCUCCCAGUAAGGCUUGA